ACCAAUAUUCAUAAUUGGAUCAACACGAACCUGUUCCACUUUUUUGCAAGCCCUAUUGUGCCAAGACCCUCAAAACACCUCACCGUGUUACUAUGAGUUGAUGAGCCCUGUGCCUGAUCGCAGCGCCAGUAGGAUAGGAGCCAAGGACCCACGAGUUCGAACCUAUAAAUGUCAACUAGAUUCUCUAUACGACAGACUUCCCAACACGAAAGCAGUACACUAUAUUGCAGCUGAAGAACCAUAUGAAUGUUUUUCUUUGUUUAACAACAUGGGUAUUUUCAAGUCAUACGGUAGUUACACAAGAAACAACGGUACUUAUUUGGAAUGGGCCAUGAAAAGAACCAAAGACGAAAUGGCUGAAGCGUAUCGCUUGCAUAAGAAACAGCUUCAGCUGAUCCUUCUCAGCAGGAAUGAAUAUUCAACACCUGACAACCGACGUUUGAUUCUGAAAGAAUCUCUUCACAGCGCGUAUCUAGAGGCCUUAUUGAACGCUUAUCCGGAUGCUCUAUUUAUUCACACGUACCGGGAUCCGGUAGAAGUGGCGGCGUCCACUUGUUCAAACCUUGAACAUUUUAGACAGAGUAGCGGUUUUGAUUUAAAGGCAAUCGACAGGGAAGCAUUGGGGAAGGUAUUUCUUAAAGUUCCAUGGAGACACGGUGGGAGAGAAAUGUUAAAAUUCAGACAAGAGCAUCCAGAAGUAGGGCACAGGUUUAUUGACAUUGAUUACAAGGAACUGGUAGCGUCACCAAUGACUGUUGUUAAGCGGAUAUACGAGAAAUUUGGACUAAGUUUAACCAAUCACGGGAGAGAGAGGAUGGAGAGAUAUGUUAUGGAAAACCCGCAAAACAAAUAUGGCCGCCAUAGAUAUGACCUGAAGAAUUAUGGUCUCACUGAGGAUGAAAUACGCGAACACUUUAAAGAAUAUAUCGGAUAUUUUGAUAUAAAGUGUUAACAUGAAGCAUUCUCGAAAAUUGUUGGCUGCCGUAGUUGCUGCGGCGGGGUACAUAACCUAACAUAACCUAAUGAACCUUACUUCCUCUUUCGGAGGAAGGGAAAGGAGUACGCUCUUUUGCCAUGCCAAACCAGCAAAGAGAAGCACUCUUGUUCAACAUCCCUUACUGGAAAAAAUUCUGAUAUUUAAUAAUUGGGCAACUUAAUACAUUUAUUCAGAAUUUGCUGAGCAGCGUGUUAACGUAAUUAGAUGAUGAAUAAUCUCAGCAAUGAAGAUGAAUAUUUUAUAAUCUGUAUAAAUUAUAUUUAAAUUGAAUUCAACAUAAAAAAUGUCGCAUCUAAUAACAGGCUUUAAAUUAAUAUGAAUACUGAAAAAGUGAAUUGCUACGGGUAGAUUAUAUGUUGUACAUGUAGCUGCAAAUACUGAAAGAGCCGUUAUGUGGGCACAUAGAAAUGGUACAACCCGCACUUGCCCCAGGAGUUCGCAUGACAGAAUUGGCACAACUACUAAUAUAUAAGUUUAAAGUCAACAAAAUUUAGCAUGGAAAUGUUAAAUUGAUAUCUUUAUGGGAAUUAAUGUUUUUUUGCACUCAAAAACGGAUUUAUGGAGGAACUGUUUCUCACCUUACUUUGUGUAGCCACCUUUACAUCCCUGUAACAUUACCCCCACACAAAAUAAAAUGUCCCCAAGAAAUGCGACAUCCACAAUAAGUAAAGGUGAGAUUGAGAUUUCUUUGUUAAGUCCCUAUUAUCA